AUGGAAUUAAGAAACAACACAAGAAUUUCAGGAUUUCUUCUUCUGGGAUUUUCAGAGGAUCCCAAAAUGCAGCCCCUCUUAUAUGGACUUUUCUUCUCCAUGUAUCUGAUCACCAUGCUUGGGAACCUCCUCAUCAUUCUGGCCAUCCUCUCUGACUCUCACCUUCAUACACCCAUGUACUUCUUCCUCUCCAACCUGUCCUUUGUAGACAUUUGCUUCACCUCUACCACUGUGCCCAAGAUGCUGGUGAACAUCCAGACCCAGAGCAAGAUCAUUAGCUAUGCAGGCUGCAUAACUCAGAUGUACUUUUUCUUGCUUUUUGUGGAGUUGGACAACUUCCUCCUGGCUGUGAUGGCCUAUGACAGGUUUGCAGCCAUCUGUCACCCCCUACAUUACACAGUCAUGAUGAACCGCCCACUCUGUAUGUUGCUAGUAUUGAUGUCCUGGUUCGUGAGUGUCCUGCAUGCGUUAUUACAAAGCCUAAUGGUUCUACGGCUGUCCUUCUGUACUGACUUGGAAAUCCCACACUUUUUCUGUGAACUUAAUCAGGUGGUCCAGCUCACCUGUUCUGAUACAUUUCUUAAUGACUUGGUGAUGUAUUUUGCCCUUGUGCUGUUGGCUACUGUUCCCCUUGCUGGAAUACUUUAUUCUUACUCUAAAAUAGCUUCCUCCAUACGUGCCAUAUCAUCAGCUCAAGGGAAGUACAAAGCAUUUUCUACCUGUGCAUCUCACCUCUCAGUUGUCUCCUUAUUUUAUUGCACAGGUUUAGGGGUGUACCUUAGUUCUGCUGCAACCCACAGCUCUCACUCAAGUGCAACAGCCUCAGUGAUGUACACUGUGGUUACCCCUAUGCUGAAUCCCUUCAUCUACAGUCUUAGGAAUAAAGAUGUAAAGAGAGCACUGAAAAGACUCUUGGAAGGGAAACUGUAA